GAAACUGCAUCUCCUAUGAUGAGCUGAAAGAGCAGAGGACUGAAUUUGCCAUCAAUCUCUACCGGCAUGUAUCCGAAGCAGAGAACAGAACCAACCUGGUAGUCUCCCCAGCAAGCGUGGCUGUUUCUUUGGAGCUGCUGCAGUUUGGAGCUCAGGGAAAUACCUUUCUGGAGCUUCAGGAUGCCCUAGGAUACAACAUUCAUGAUCAAAGUGUGCAGGAUUUCUUGCACGCAAUGUAUGAAGGAGCGACCAACUCCACCCAAGGCAUGGUGGUUCAGCUGGCAUGUUCUUUCUUUGUGGAUGCUGGUGUGCAGCUCUCGCCCCACUUUGCCGCACGUGCUGCACGCUGGGCAAACAGCAACUUGCAGCAAACCAACUUCACUGACCCGAACAGAACUGCAGCCCAAAUACAGGAAUGGAUCACCGGUAACCUUGGAGAUGGGGACGUGCGUGGCAUGCCGUUGGAGACCGCUGGGUCACCGCUCAGCCAGGUUGCCCUGGUGAGCAUCAUGUACUUCAAAAGCAUGUGGCAGAAGAAGUUUUCCUUUACGAAUACCCAGAUGUUGCCUUUUACCACAGCGGAGGGCUCAACCCUGAAAGUGCCCACAAUGCAUCACACAGCUGAAGUUAACUAUG